CCCUCCUAAAUUUUUGUCGCCAUUCGCGACCCCUACACAUAUGAUUCGCCUGGGGCGUUCGCAAGGUUAGAAAGUAUAUGGUGAAAAUGCUUUAACGCAUCUCCUCUUAGUCAGCCGCCUAAAAACAUCUUUAGGUCAUGUUUGAGUCCACUCAUCUAAUAGCUAGCUGAAAUUAGCAGACUUAAUUAGAUCAGCUAGUAGCUGGGUGGUUAAAAUUGGAUAGUUACUGUAUCCAACUAGUUAGGAGGGUUUUACUGGACAUUAGCUAGCAAUACCAUUAGAAUCCACUCUAAUUAGAAGUAUCUACCUACCAAUUAGCUGUUGGAUCCAAAUAUAGCCUUAGUUAUAGUCACCGUAAUUUUUCACAACACCAUGUUCACGAGUGAAUUAGGGUUGUAAUUUGGUUUCCUUUGUUGUGGGGCUCGAAGGAACUCCUUAGGAGUUAGGAGAUCAGAUUUGCUAGACUGCCAAUGAUGGUGAACGUAGGAAGGGUCAGCGUGAUGGCGAAAGCAACAGCAUCUGCAUGCAAGAGGCAGAACCAUCAGAUGGGAAGGUCAAGGUCGCCGAGCUGGUCACUCGAUGCGUAUGGGAGGCGGUGGUGCUGGUGAACGUUGUGCUCUGGAUUCUGAGCACAAGGGUCGGCACGUUGGCUCUAUGUGGGCGGCUGUGCAUGUCCGGCAAGUUCCCCUACGUGCGCAAGUUUGCCGACAUGCCGGUGGAGCGACGGGAGGAAGCGUUGGGACGGUGGAAUAAGGCGCGGUGGCUGUUCCCCCUCAAGAUCACCUUCGUGGUUAUCAAGGUCCUCUCGCACUACGCAUUCUACACAAUGGUAAACGAGAACUCGGACAACCCCUGCUGGAAAGCAAUAGGAUACAGCGUACCAGACAUGGAAGAGCCAAGGGAAGCACCGUCGCCGCGGUCUCUGGACAAUGGCGUCGUGGAGACCAAGGCGUUGAACGACACUACACUGCUCAGGUCACUCGUGGACAAAGGGCUCGUGGUGAGGACGGACGCGAGCACAUACCACACGGUGCAAUGCGACGUCGUCAUCGUCGGUUCAGGCUGCGGCGGCGGCGUGGCCGCGGCGGCUCUCGCGUCCGCGGGGCACAAGGUCGUCGUCGUCGAGAAGGGAGAGUACUUCACCGCCGAGGACUACAGCUCCGUCGAGGGCCCGUCCAUGGAGCGGCUGUACGAGAAGGGAGGCAUCUUCUGCACGUCCAACGUGACGACCGUCUUGUUCACGGGCUCGAUGGUCGGCGGCGGCUCGGCGGUGAACUGGUCCGCCAGCAUCCGCACGCCGGAGGAGGUCAGGCAGGAAUGGGCGCGCGAGCACGGGCUCCCCGUGUUCGCGAGCCCGGGGUACGUGGAGGCCAUGGACGCGGUGUGCGCCCGGCUCGCGGUGACAGACGGGUGCCGGGAGGAGGGGUUCCAGAACAAGGCUGUGCGCCGCGGCUGCGAAGCGCUCGGGCUGCGUGCCGACGCCGUGCCGCGCAACUCGUCGGAAGGCCAUUUCUGCGGUAGUUGCCACCUCGGCUGCCCCACCGGCGACAAGCGCGGCACCGACACGACGUGGCUCGUCGACUCCGUCGCGCGUGGCGCGGUCAUACUAACAGGAUGCAAGGCCGAGUGUUUCAUACUCGAGAGCAACUCCGGCGAAAACGCCCGGCGGAGCAGGAAGUGCGUGGGCCUGGUGGCGACGUGCAUGGUUGCUGGCGUCACCAAGAAGCUGCGCAUCGAGGCCAAGGUCUCGAUCGCGGCGUGCGGGGCGCUGAUGACGCCGCCGCUGCUGCGCAACAGCGGGCUCAAGAACAGGCACAUCGGUCGCAACCUGCACCUCCACCCGGUGUCCAUGGCGUGGGGCUACUUCCCGGAGAACAAACAGCAGGAGCCGCAGCCACCGCCGCUUACCGGCAAGUGCUACGAGGGCGGCAUCAUCACCACCAUGCACCGCGUCACGGAGCGCACCAUCGUCGAGACACCGGCGCUGGGGCCGGGCUGCUUCGCCUCGAUGGUCCCGUGGGAAUCGGGCCGCGACAUGAAGGACCGGAUGCGCCGGUACGCGCGCACCGCGCACGCCUUCGCGCUGGUCCGGGACCGCGGCGCUGGGACCGUGGACGGCGAGGGCCGCGUCUGCUACUCCCCGGCCCGGGACGACGUCGACGAGCUCCGGAACGGCCUGCGCCGGGCGCUCCGCAUCCUGGUGGCGGCCGGCGCCGCCGAGGUCGGCACCCACCGCAGCGACGGGCACCGGCUGCGGUGCGACGGCGGCGUGCGAGACGACGAGCUGGAUGCGUUCCUUGACGAGGUGACCGUCGCGACAGGCCCCAUGCUGCCUGGUUCGGACAAGUGGGCGCUCCUGUGCUCGGCGCACCAGAUGGGCAGCUGCCGGAUGGGGUCGAGCCCUAGAGACGGCGCCGUGGACGGCCGCGGCGAGAGCUGGGAGGCCGAGGGGCUGUACGUGUGCGACGGGAGCCUGCUGCCGACGGCGGUGGGCGUGAACCCCAUGAUCACCAUUCAGUCCACCGCGUACUGCCUCUCCGAGGGCAUCGCCGAAUCCCUGGCGCAGCGCAAGAGACGGUAGCUGUGCCGUGCAAUGCGUCAAUGCUUUGUGGGCGGAACGCCGUCGUCUCUGUGCGCUUGCUAAUCAGGUGCACGCUGGGCGUCGUUUGUAGUUCAAUAAUUCUGCAUCGUGCAGAGGGUUCAGGAUACGGACACGCGGUAGCGUCAGCCGGCACUCAAUUCUUCAUUGUUUCUUGGUGAAGAUCGUCCAAUCAUGUAUCAACAAGGAUUCUGAUUUCUUGAUUCCAGCUCCUUUUGUUUGAUUAUCCAUUCAA